GGGAGGCUGGAGGUUUUUCACAGUGGCUCAUGGGGGACAGUGUGUGAUGACUCCUGGGGUAUUAAAGAUGCUCACGUGGUGUGCAGACAGGUGCAGUGUGGAGUGGCCCUCAUUAACCAGCAGGUACCAGCCUGGUUUGGUCCUGGUUCUGGACCCAUAUGGCUGGAUGAGGUGGAGUGUGAGGGGAAUGAGGCGUCCCUGUGGAGCUGCUCUUCUCCAGGCUGGGGAAAACAUGACUGUCAACACAAGGAGGAUGUAGGAGUUGUGUGCUCAGAGUUUAAAGAGAUCAGGUUAACUGAGGGCUGUGAAGGGAAUGUGGAGGUUUUCUACAAUGGAUCCUGGGGUAAUGUGUGCUGGAACCAGAUGGACGGAGACACAGUGAGUCUGAUCUGUCAAGAGCUGAACUGUGGAAGAUCUGGCAGUGAACCCAGUAAUUCAGAGGGACUGAAGUCUCGUAACUGGCUUGAUAAACUUAGUUGUAAUGUGAGGUUGGUUGGUGGUAACAGUCCCUGUGCUGGUCGAGUGGAGGUUCUUCAUAGAGGUUACACUGAUCUCAGACUGGUAAACGGCCCUGACAUCUGUUCUGGUCGAGUCGAACGUCAGUACUUCAGCAAAUGGGGCACACUGGUGGGUUCUGGGGGAGACUGUGCAGGGAGGCUGGAGGUUUUUCACAGUGGCUCAUGGGGAACAGUGUGUGAUGACUCCUGGGAUAUUAAAGAUGCUCAUGUGGUGUGCAGACAGCUGCAGUGUGGAGUGGCCCUCAGUAACCAGCAGGUACCAGCCUGGUUUGGUCCUGGUUCUGGACCCAUAUGGCUGGGUGAGGUGGAAUGUAAUGUGAAUGAGACGUCCCUGUGGAGCUGCUCUUCUCCAGGCUGGGGAAAACAUGACUGUCAGCACAAGGAGGAUGUAGGAGUCAUGUGCUCAGAGUUUAAAGAGAUCAGGUUAACUGAGGGCUGUGAAGGGAAUGUGGAGGUUUUCUACAAUGGAUCCUGGGGAAAUUUAUGUUACAACCAGAUGGACAGAGACACAGCGAGUCUGAUCUGUCAAGAGCUGAACUGUGGAAGAUCUGGCAGUGAACCCAGUAAUUCAGAGGGACUGAGAUCUGCUCCUAAUUGGUUAGAUCAUCUUAAAUGUCGAAAAGAUGACAAAAAUUUGUGGCAGUGUCCAUCUUUACCCUGGGGCCAGAACAACUGUUAUGAUAAUGAGGUGGCAAAUAUCACUUGCUUUGGUAAGAAUUAA